GAUCAUCCUCAAUUGGUGCAUCAGCUUUCUGGCUUGUAGGAUCAUCAUCAACUGGUGAAUUAGCUUUCUGGCUUGCAGGAUCAUCCUCAACUGGUGCAUCAGCUCUCUGGUUUGAAGGAUCAACCUCAAGUGGUGCAGCAGCUUUUUGGCUUGCAGG